GUCUGCCAAGCUAGCCGGGCUCGGAUGGGUCAGCGUUGCAUAUAGAGAUAUAGGUCUCAGAGAAAUACCUGCCACCAUGCACCAGAAGCUGCUAAAGAGUUCCCACUACAUUGAGCUGGGUAGUUACCAGUACUGGCCAGUUCUUGUUCCCAGGGGAAUUAGACUGUAUACCUAUGAGCAGAUUCCUGUUUUCCUUAAAGAUAAUCCAUACAUUACUGAUGGAUAUAGAGCGUAUCUGCCGUCCCGCUUAUGCCUGAAAAGCCUUUUCAUCUUGUCCAAUGAAACUGUGAACAUCUGGAGUCACCUGCUAGGCUUCCUACUAUUUUUUAGUUUAGGUAUUUAUGACAUGAUGUCUGUUUUGCCGUCUGUGAAUGCUUCCAGGGAAGACUUUGUGAUCUGCUCUGUCUGCUUAUUCUGCUUUCAGGUCUGCAUGCUAUGUUCAGUGGGAUACCACCUCUUUUCUUGUCACCGCUCAGAGAAAACCAGCCGCCGAUGGAUGGCAUUGGAUUACGCAGGCAUUUCAAUCGGCAUUUUGGGUUGCUAUGUCUCCGGGGUGUUUUAUGCUUUCUACUGUAACAAUUACUGGCGUCAAGUGUACCUUAUCACUGUGCUUGCCAUGAUCCUGGCAGUGUUUUUUGCUCAAAUUCAUCCCAGUUACCUUACCCAGCAGUGGCAUAGACUACGCUCAGUUAUAUUUUGUUCCGUGUCUGGGUAUGGAAUCAUUCCUACUAUUCAUUGGAUUUUGCUUAAUGGAGGCAUGGGCUCUUCCAUCGUGCAGGAAUUUGCUCCCCGUGUCAUUGUGAUGUAUAUUAUUGCUGCAGCUGCAUUUUUGUUUUAUAUUUCAAAAGUUCCAGAGAGGUAUUUUCCAGGUCAGUUAAACUACAUCGGCUCAAGCCAUCAGCUCUGGCACAUACUAGCAGUGGUAAUGCUGUACUGGUGGCACCAAUCUACAGUGUACAUCAUGCAGUACAGGCAUAGUCAGCCAUGCCCUGCACAUGUGGAAAAUCUGUAAGCACCUUUGUCUGUUCAUGAAGAUCUUUAAGCACGGAUGACGGUGUGAUAUUUGCUUGGGUGAUGGACAC